AUGUGUUGUGUGUUUGGGGUAGGUCUGGAAGCACCAUCAAAUAUCCAUGAGGGCAAAGUAACAGACUCUUCCAUAGAAAUUCUCUGGAAUCGAGCUGAUGGGAAUUUUCAGCAUUAUGAAAUCACAUGCAUGAACUGUACUGCUGCUUUCAUGGUCCAGAAGGUAGUUCGAGAAGCAGCAACAUUCUCUAACCUGGAUCCUGCCACAGUGUACACUUUCUCAAUUCGCACUGAAAAAGAAGGUUUUAAAGACAGCACUCCUCAUAUAAAGGAAAUACAGACAGCCCCAAGUGCAGCUGAAUUUAUGAACCAUAGUAGAAACUCCAGUGCAAUAACUGUUAGCUGGCCAUCAGCUAGAAGUCUUCUGGAUGGAUACAUCAUUUCAAUAUCCAGCAAAAGCUUAAUGAAAGAGGAAGUCCUCCUGUCUUCCACACAAAGGACCUUCACAUUUAAUAGCCUUGCUUCAGGGACUGACUUUUUAAUUAGCAUUAUAACUACCAAGGGACUGAAGAGAAGCCAUCCUACUGUCCUCAUGGUUAGCACUUAUCCAGACCCACCAUCAGAUUUGAUGAUUUUGGGGCAGGAAGAAAACACAAUAUAUUUGUCUUGGAAACUUCCACAAGGAGGCUUUGAAAAGUUUCAGGUAAAGAACAGUGCUGCUGUUACACAACCUUGA